AUGAUUGAAGAAACUGAUCCACAGUGGCAACUUCAGGUUGGUUAUGGGAAAAGGAUUGGGUUUUUUGAAAACUGAAAAUUGAAAAUUUGAUUUCGAGUUCUGGACUUUCGAAGAAAAAGAGGCGCUGGAACAUUUUCUAAAAAAACCUGUACCCUGUGAAAAAGUCAAACUCGAAGCUAUUUUUUUUAAUUUCUGUCAUAAUCAUAAGUAUUUCUGAAAUUUUAUAUAAUUUUCUUUGUUCAUAACAGUCUUAUCUCUAUAAGGUUAUGGAAAUUAAAUGUCCAGUUCUUCUUGAAAUAUUUGGAGUUGUUUUUUUUAACAUUUUUUGUAUCAAAUUUGUAUGCUACAAUGGGUUUAUGUAUAAACAAUAUUUGACGAAAAUUUCACAUUUCACAUACUUCAUCAAACUUUCUUCUGUUUCUACUUUUUUAAAAGUUUUCCAAUGAACUUUCCUGAUAAUAUUUUUUCCUUUCUUCCAAAUUCAUUCAUCCUGAAAAACGUCUUGGGUGGUCUACGAAUUUUCUAAUCUAAUUAAGAUUUCAUGAUUUUUUUUCAUUCUCAUUGUUUCCCGAUUUUCUUUUCAUAAAAAAUUUAAAAUUCAUUCAAACUAUCCAAUAAGAAAAUUUUCAUAAAAUGCUUCAAUGAAUCCCAUAAAACCAGGGGGUUUUCUUGAGUUUUGUUUCUGUUUCAAAUCUAAUAAUAAUUCCAGCGUGCUUUGGCUGACAAAAUCACAAACUAUGCACCGAUCGAGGAAAUCCGCUAUAUAUUGCUUCGUGGCGCACAGGUUUGUAUAUAUUUGUUUGUUUGUUUGUGUUUUUUCUCGCUUUUCAUCAAUUUUUGAUAUCCGAACAUCCCGUCCUGACGGCUAAAUUGAAUUCAAAUCUUGUUUUUUCGUGAAGUGGAUUGUUAUUUAUUAGGUGAAAAGUGGAUUUUUUUACAGGUUGAUGGACAAGUCACUGCUGGUUUGACACCUUUACAUUAUGCGUGUUUUAUCAAUUAUUUGGCAGCCGCAAAGUUGUUGCUCAGUUCUGGAGCCAAGGUAAGAGAGAUGACAAAACACUCGAAGAGCCAGAAAGGUGGGGAUUGAAAUGCCUCCAAAGAUCUCUGAAAUGUUCUGAACUUGAACUUUUUCUAUAUCCAACUAGAAAACAAUAAGUGAAAAAAUAUCCAAUAAAUUUCAUAAGUGUGUUCUUUGAGGUGUUGUGUCCCAAACAGCUGAUUACUCAUUUUAUUGAAGACAGAAAAAAUAAGAAAAAUCUGACUUGUGACUCGAACAAAUACAUACAUAAAAAGUCUACAUAUUUAAAUAGAAAAUUUAAAGUAUAAUUAUUCAUUUUGUUUUUUGUUUCACUCAUUUUGAUAACCCUACAAAAUACAAACAUUUUUAUCGAAACAUUGUUUUUUAUUUCUCAAAUAAAAAAAGCGAAAUGCAAAAACAUCGUUGACAAAUGAUGAAAUAUUUUUGACAAUUUUGGGGUUGAAUGAAAAAUGAGGAGGUUUAUAAAUCAUCAUUUUUCAAAAGGUUAUUCAUAAAUCAUCAUUUUCGUAACCCUUUUUAUUUAGGUGCAAGCUGUUGAUAACAUUGGAUGUUCUGCUCUUCAUUUGUGCGCUGAACACGGACAUUACAGAAUGAUCAAAUUAUUGUUGCAGGUUGGUAUUUUUCAAAACAUGAAUUGUUUUCAUCUCGGAUAAUUUUUAUGUCAUCCUAUAAUAUUUUGACAGUUAGUAAAAAUGCAAAAAAAAAACAAUAUUUUGUUGCUCACCGAAAAAAUAACAACACUUAUCAAUCCGGUUGAUUGUUUUUGUACCAAUUGCGCAAAUAAACAAAAAUCCCCCCAAAAAAUAUCAAAUGAAAAACAGUUUCUGUUGUUUUUACAGUACAUGAAAGUGGUGGAACAAUAUGAAACGCCCGAGUUUCGAGUCGGAGACAAAUAUCCGCAACGUGAAAAUAUUGACGAACCACUUCGACUUGCUAUCAAGGUUUGUUUUUGUUGUUUUGCUACUUUUACUGUCUAGAAAAUUGGCGCGCGAGAUGCAAUGUUUAUUUGUUUUUAUUUUGUUGAUGUGUUGCGUUGGAAAAUACAAAGAAUAGUCACUUUUUUCAAUUCAUGAUAUGUUUUUCUGUUCUGUGGUUUUUUCUUGGGGUAGAAAUGCUUGGCUUAAAAAAUUAUAUAUUUUGAAAAUGAUUCUACAAUUUUCUAUGCUUCUUCUACUACGCAUUCUCAUAUAAAUUUUUCUAAUAUUAUAUUUUCAACCUACCUUAUAGAUGACUUUUUAUUGAUUUCCAGAAGCACCCCUCUUCAAUGAGGUUCCAGAAAUUGGCCUAGUCAAACUCUCAGAACACAUUUUUAAAAACUGGAUAAUAAAAAAGUGUUCAUAAAAAACGCUGUUGGAAUUUCGUGAUUCACUGUCUGAAUCUCUUGCUUUUAACACUGUUUUGCUAUAAUAUAAACAUUUUGUAGAUCAAAAGUUCCAUUUGUCAGCAUUAACAAAUGAUUUUUUUUGCAAAAUAAGUUCAUUGUUAUUUAUCAUCACCAACUUGAAGACCCAACACAUUUUCUAUAGUCUAGUUUAUUCAAAUAGUUUAUAGUUUCUAUAUGCAACAUGAUAGCAUACACUGAAAGUAGAAAAGAAUACAAAAUACUCUCUAUCUAUAACCACAACUAUGUACUUUGUAGUCAGAAUGAAACAAAGCCAAAAACGGCUCUCAAAACCAAUCUAUAGUUCAAAAAGCCAUUCUGAAACCAAAAACUGAGAAAUAAUCUUCUCACUUGACCAGAAAACGUUUCUCAAGACCAGAAAUUUGUUCUCAAGACCAAAUGUAGUUCGAAAAAAGCCAAGAAACCAACCCCGCCUAUUUGAUCGCAUGAAAAACCAAAACCAAACCAAGAGUCCAAUUUUUUGCACGCAUAAACCAAACGAGAUGAAAUAAAUAAACCAAACGACCAAAAAUUGGCCAAGAAACCAGAAAAUGUGUUCAAGAGUUUAUUUAUGCAGCUAGAAAACCAAUAUUUUUGGUCUUGUUCUUGGUUUUGCCUUUUUCAGCAGGCAAAAUCGAUGAGUGCAAGCAAACGUGCAAAAAAAAGAACAGCAGAGAAAAAUGAAUCUAGAAAGACGUAUUUUUUACAGAACGGCCAUUACGACUGUGCAAGACUUCUUCUAAUGAAUGGUGCAAAUCCAAAUGCGUUAUAUUUCGAUGGUCCAGAAAUCACACAAAUCAGCCCAUUGGACACAAAUUUCUUGGAACUUUUACUUGAAUUUGGUGCUGAUCCAAAUGUUUUUGACAGAAAAGGAUUGACACCAAUUAUGAAAGCUUGUCGUAUGAAAGACAAGGGAAUUGAGGCGAUCCGAAUUUUAUUGAAAUACGGUGCAGAUAUCAAUAAAUUGGCGCCAGAAAGACAAGAUCAUCGGAGUGCUUUGCAUUUUGCGUUGUUGAGUGGAAAUCAUGAUUUGGUCAAAUUUUUGAUUGAGGUUUGGUUUUUUUUUGCAAAAAUCCUAAUAUCAUUAGAUAAAAAACAUUAUUUUUCAGAAUGGCUGCAAAGUGAACAUGGAUAAAAUUUACGAAAAAUCAUCGCCGAUCGAUAUUGCUGUUUUAAAAGAUGAUCCUGAACUUCUCCGCAUUGUUCUUGAUGCUGGAGCAAAUCCAAAUGCAGUUCAUACUUAUAUUGGAUCAUGUCUUCAUUUGGCAUCUUGUUCAAGUGAGUUUUAAAAACUGUGAAGUCUUCCUGAUUAGAAAAACUCAGCAUAUUACUUGUGUCAAAAUACCUCUUUUUUUUUUGAAUUAAUGAGAGUGAAAAACUGAAAAUAUAGUCUAGCAGCUGAAAAAUUAUGAUUGUUUUUACAAAUUCAUUUACUACCACCAAAAUUCAAUUAAAAAAAAACUCAUUUCAGCUCUUCUAAACCAGUUGAACAUCAUUGAGCUUCUUCUUCAAAGAGGCGCAGAUAUGAAUUUGCAACACAUAUUCCCAGAUGGUUCCAAGCUCAAAAGUCCAUUUGUCGAAUAUUUCCGCUCAAAUGACUCAAUUGAUGUUCGAGUUGUCAGAUUGUUCAUUUCACACGGAGCAAAAGUUAUCAUGAGAAAUCCAUUACACGAUUGUCGUGGACAAUUGAGAAAUGUGCUCAAAUUGGCAGCUCUUCAAAAUCAACCCGAAGUUUUGUCGCUUCUUUUGGGCCUUGGCGAAAAAUACGAUACGAAAGCUAUUGAUCGACUUCCACUUCCAAAAGAAUUGAAAUCGCAUAUUAUUGAAAAAUCAAAGUAAGUCCAUAUUUUCGAAUUUGAAAAAAAUCGGUUUUUAUUUCAAUUUUUCAGAAAUGCCCCAACUCUUCAACAACUCUGUCGUUUACAAAUUCGCAACACUGUUGAUCCAUCAAAAUACAAAGAUUUCGAAAUUCCCGAAUAUCUUAAAUGUUAUCUUCUUGGUCUGAUUCCUUGA